CGAGGAGAUCUGAGGGAAAGCCAGUAAUCAAACUUGUCACAGAGUUCUUUUGGAUUACGUAGGUUCUGAUCUCUGUAUAAAGCUUUUCUCUGACAGUGACGUUUGACCAUGGUAAAGCAUUGUAAUGAUUUCAGAGUUUCCUUGGCUGUGCUAUAUGCUACAACAAUUUAUUUAAACUAUGCAGAAAGCAUACAGGUGAUAUCCACGGGGCCCCAGACCAUCAAGAAAGCCCAGGGAGAGAAUGUAACACUGGGUUGUACAUAUGUUCAGAGCCCAUCAGACACUGGACAGCUGGAUGUUGAGUGGUCCAAUGUCAGUCCAGACAUGACCCAGAAAGACAGACUGAUCUUAUCCUACUCUGGAGGGACGGUGUACAAACUGGGUGACCCAGGCCUGAUGAGUCGGCUGAAAUGUGUGGGUGACCCCGGCCAAGGAGAUGCUAGCAUCUUUAUCUCCCCACUGCAAGCCUCAGAUACAGCCACCUAUGAGUGCAAAGUGAAGAAGCCACCUGGAAUUGACUCACGGAAGGUCACUUUAGUUGUGCUUGUGCGACCCUCUGUGCCUAAAUGCUGGGUGGACAAUGGUGAGGAAAUAGGAAGCACCAUCAUACUACGCUGCAAAUCCUCUGAGGGCACCAGUCCUCUAAAGUACAACUGGAUCAGAGAGAGUGGUGGGAGUUUGCCACCCACAGCAACCCAAAAUCCUCAGACUGGGGAACUAUUGAUCCAAAACCACUCACAGAGCUACACAGGCAGCUACCUGUGUGAGGUCACCAAUGAAGUAGGCAAGGAGCAGUGCAAAUAUUCUUUGAGAGCAUACAGCUCAGCCAAUAAGGCAGGAGUAAUUGCAGGUGCUGUGAUAGGUGCUCUGUUGCUGCUCCUCCUUCUCCUAUUGCUGAUCUGGCUUCUCAUUUGCUGUUGUCAGAAGCGUCGAAAGGAAAAGGACACUGCCAAUGAGAUUAGGGAAGAUGCUGCAGCACCAGAGAGCCGGUACUCCAGUUUCCGCUCCAUGAUGGGCUACCACCCUCAUCAGGGGUUGGCCUAUAGCUCAGUGAGGAAUGCCCAACCCUACAGGGCUGAGUCUAACCGCAGCAGUAGCUAUACCAAUCACAGCAAAGGACCUCCUCAAGGAAGCUCCUCUGCCAAUAACUAUAAGCCCCCACAAAGAUACAGCAGCAAACAUGGAUACCCUGUAUAAGUUCUGUGACCUUGGAAAGACAGCCUGAAUAAAAAUUCCUCUAGAAUGGGACAGAUUACAAUGCAUAAACAUUACAGGUUGGCUUUCCAAAAAAAUUGACUAAGCCUAAGCUAAUAUAGACUAAGCCUACACAAAGAAACAAGCUGUAAGAGUAAAGGUUUCAUCUGUUCUUUACAGAAAAUAAGA